AUGAAUAGGCAUCACGCCUUUGCUAACGGGUACGCUGCUUACCCUCGGGGGCAGCAGGGCGGUACCUUCUCGAUCUCUCCUCAUCGUUUCCAACCGCGUCCCCAACCUGCCCUGCGACGACGAAGACAACUCAUCCACCGAUUAUGUUUCCUCGGAGGUAUCUCGAUAUUCCUCUUGGUCUUAAUAUUCCCGUCCUGGCGGGCUGCACUGCUGCCAGCGUUUUCCCUCGGGCUGGUCUCAUCCAGCGACGACCUACACAUUCAAACAACGCGAUAUUACGAUCUAUCCAAGACGCAGGGCACCGGAAGUGGCUGGGAAAAUGAAGAGCGUGUUCUGAUGUGCACGCCUCUCCGAGACGCCUCGUCGCAUCUGCCAAUGUUCUUUUCGCAUCUCCGGAAUCUGACGUACCCGCACAACCUCAUAGACCUGGCUUUCCUGGUUUCGGACUCGAAGGACGGUACACUAGAGAUGUUGUCGAGCAUGCUGGACGAGCUUCAGAACGACGCCGAUCCCAGAAUGACCUUUGGCGAGAUUUCGGUCAUUCAAAAGGAUUUCGGUCAGAAGGUCACGCAGGACGUAGAAAGCAGACAUGGUUUUGCUGCUCAAGCGGGGCGAAGAAAGCUGAUGGCCCAGGCACGGAAUUGGCUUCUGAGUGCCACUCUUCGUCCGACUCACAGCUGGGUUUAUUGGAGAGACGCCGAUGUCCAGACGGCGCCGUCUACUAUUAUAGAAGAUCUUAUGCGACACGACAAGGAUGUUAUUGUGCCGAAUGUUUGGCGACCCUUGCCCGACUGGCUAGGCGGAGAACAACCCUACGACCUAAACUCUUGGCAGGAAUCAGAUACGGCCUUGGCCUUGGCCGAAACGUUGGAUGAAGAUGCAGUGAUCGUGGAAGGGUAUGCCGAGUACGCAACAUGGCGGCCUCACUUGGCCUACCUACGCGAUCCGUACGGCGACGGCGAUAUGGAAAUGGAGUUAGACGGCGUCGGUGGCGUCAGUAUUCUUGCGAAAGCGAGAGUAUUCCGUGCCGGAGUCCAUUUCCCGGCUUUCAGCUUCGAGAAGCACGCAGAAACCGAGGGUUUCGGCAAGAUGGCUAAACGUAUGGGAUUCUCUGUCAUCGGCUUGCCGCACUACACCAUCUGGCAUCUGUACGAGCCCAGUGUAGACGAUCUCCGACACAUGGAGGAAAUGGAACAAGAGCGAAAGGCCCGCGAGAAAGAAGAAAAGGAACAGGCCGAACGGAAGGAACGUCAUGAGAAUAUGUUCGAAGACACCAGGACCCAAUGGGAGAUCGACAAUGCGUUCGUCCGUGACUCGAUCGAAGAGGAGCAGAGGGAGCAGAAAGCUUCAGAGCCUGCGUCCAGCGAGGACACGAAAUCACCUGGGAACAAAGCUGCCGCAAAGGAGGCGCCCGAGCAGAAAGACCCGAAGGACUUGAAAGAUCCCAAAGACCAGAAGGCGCCGGAUCAACUGAAGAGCAAUGACAUCCAAAACUCCGAAGAGGUUCCGGCCAUCAAACCGGCCAAGGGACGUGUGGAUACUCUAGACGAUGAAUAA